AUGAUAACAAGGAAAAAAUGGCAAUUAGUUUUAAUAACCGUCUCUAUAAUUUUUCUAUAUUUACUUUUGCAUAAUAAAAAAACUGCCAAAACAUCGACUACAAUUGUGAUUUAUAAUAGGGUGAGUCAAGUUUUAUCUUUAUUUUCGGAAGCUCAUUAAAAAAAUACAUUUCAGAUUCCAAAAACAGGCUCGACGACUUUUGCAAAUGCCAUAGCAUAUGAUUUAUAUGAUGUUAAUAAUUUCCAUGUUUUACACUUGAACAUGACAAAAAAUCGACAAAUUAUGAGUUUACCCGAUCAACAAUUCUUCAUCCAAAAUAUCACAAGAUGGAGUGAAAGAUUACCAGCUUUUUAUCACGGACAUGUUGCAUUCAUCGAUUUUCAACGGUAUUUUUUUUUAAUUGUUAGUUGUUUUCAUUCCUGAAACAUUUUUUUGUCCAGAUUCGGUGUCGCCAAUCCAAUUUAUAUAAACCUUGUUCGAGAACCUUUGGAAAGAUUGCUAUCACAUUAUUAUUUUUUGAGAUAUGGUGAUAAUUAUCGAAUUGGUUUGAAAAGAAGUCGCUCUGGAAAUAAUGAGACUUUUGAUGAUUGUUUUGCUAGGGGCGGCAAAGAUUGCGAUAUGAAGCAGAUGUGGGUGCAGAUUCCGUAUUUUUGUGGACAUUUUCAUUUUUGCACGUGAGUUUUAUGAAAAACAUUUUGAGAACAACACGCAAUUUUGUGAAUAGAAAUUAUGAAAAAUUGGAUUUGGGGGCCAGUCUGAACAAAUUAAUGAUAUACAGAUCUAUUAUAACAAUCAUAUUUAGAGUUCUGUAAGAACUUGAUUCGAAAUUUUUUCUAAAAGUUUAUUCAAGUUUUUGAGAAAUAACACCAUUUAAGAACAUUUUAUAAAAAAGUUCAGUGUUGUAUUGUGCAAUUCUGAUAGUGAAAAAUAGAAUCCCUUUAUCUAAAAAAUUCUACCAACGUUUAAAGGUUCAGAAAACAUUCCAAAAAUAAUCUUACUACACUGUAAACUAAGUCAAACAACAAUUUCAAUUUUUUUGUUUCCAGAGAAGUCGGCAGUAAACUUGCGCUUGAAACAGCAAAACGAAACGUCCUUGAAAAAUAUCUUCUCGUCGGUUUAACCAGUCGAAUGCGCGAUAUGAUCGGAAUGCUCGAAGUUACAGUACCCGAAUUUUUUAAAGGCGCAUUGAGUCACUUCGAUGGAUUAGAUGGUAAUUUCUCAAUUUUCGUGAAUAAUUGAAAUGAAAUGAAGGAGGAAUGUGUUUUUUCCAGAAAAUCGGUCUCAUUUACGAUAUACCAAGAAAAAAAUAGCGCCAAAUGAUCAAACAUUAUCAAUGAUCAAACGGAAUGAAGUUUACAAAAUGGAAAGAGAAUUGUACGAUUUUAUCGAGGAACUUUUUGAUGCAGUGUUCAAGUAAGCAAAAAUUUUCAAAUAUUGAAUUUAAAAAAUCAAACAAAAACAAAUUGUAGAAAAGCCACGAAUGGAACAUCAAAUGCAAACGAUCUCAUCAAAAUUGGUCCACAAUUUCACUUCGAAAAAAUCAAACCUUUAUGA